GGCAGUACCUGGGCGGAGCGCGCGGUGACUGACAGCGGGUUGCCCGGAAGAGCGUGGGGCCGGUGGGGGCUUUUGGGGCACAAGAUGGACAAGCUGAAGAAAGUGCUGAGCGGUCAGGACGCCGAGGAUCGGGGUGGCCUGUCCGAGGUGGUGGAGGCGUCUUCCUUAAGUUGGGGCACCAGAAUCAAAGGCUUUGCCGCAUGCUUUGUUGCAGGAAUUCUCUGCUCACUGUUGGGAACACUUCUACUCUGGGUGCCUAGGAAGGGACUCUACCUCUUUGCAGUGUUCUACACCUUUGGCAACAUUGCGUCCAUCGGGAGUACCAUGUUCCUCAUGGGGCCACUGAAGCAGCUGAAGCGCAUGUUUGAGCCGACACGCUUGAUCGCCACAAUUCUGGUGCUGCUGUGCUUUGCACUUACCUUGUGUUCGGCCUUUUGGUGGCAUAACAAGGGACUGGCACUCAUUUUCUGCAUCCUGCAGUCUUUGGCCCUGACAUGGUACAGCCUUUCCUUUAUCCCAUAUGCCAGGGACGCUGUGAAGAAGUGUUUUGCAGCAUGCCUUACGUAACACAUGACCUGUUUGGCGAAGGUUUGGAAAGUGCGACGGAGGAAAGCCGGUGAACUCUUCUGUAAAUACUCUUGACACUUCUGUCUUACACCCACGUGCCUUUUUCUCUUGCAGCAAGGCAUUGCUUGCCAUCUGAACAUUGGAGGGUUGCUCUAGGCAGCUGUGUGCCCAAACCCAAGUUUCUAUCACACAGGAGAGAUGGGCUUUGUAUCUGUUGGAAUGGGAGCUUCCUGGUGUUUCUCUUUGGAUGAGUUUCCACUAAAGUCCCAUAAAUAAAAGCCUAAUGAAGCAGCAGCAGACUAGCCUAGGGAGCUGUGAUUCCCACUGGCCACAGGCAACCCCCUUGGAGAAGGCAGGUGCAACAGUGGAGGUGGGGAGUGUGUGUAUGUAUGGGAGGGGGGGUUUGUAGGUUUAUCUUUUCUGCACAGAGCACUUUCUGGUGGCAUGUUGUUUCUAAAGCUGUACCUGACACUCUUCUGUAGAUUCCACACCUAACUAUGAUAUAUGCUUUCACCAUUCAGUGCACACUAUUUUUCUCUUGGGGUUUCUUUCACCCCCCACUGCUUAUUACACAGCUUGACUCCAAACUUCCUGGAACCAGUUUUCAGGAGAAGGAAGCAGUGAUCAGUUGGAAAGAUGCCUUUUUUUUUUUUUUUUUUUUUUGCCUCCAGGGUUAUUGCUGGGGCUCGUGCCUACACCAUGAAUCCACUGCUCCUGGAGGCUAUUUUUUCCCCUUUUGUUGCCCUUGUUGUUUUAGCCUUGUUGUGGAUAUUAUUAUUAUUGUUGUUGAUGUCGUUGGAUAGGACAGAGAGAAAUCGAGAGAGGAGGGGAGACAGAGAGGGAGAGAGAAAGAUAGAUACCUACAGACCUGCUUCACCACUUGCGAAGCGACUCUCCUGCAGGUGGGAAGCCGGGGGCUCGAACUGGGAUCCUUACGCUGGUCCUUGUGCUUUGCGCCACGUACGCUUAACCUGCUACAUUACUGCCUGACUCCCAAGAUGCCCAUUUUAACCUUUGGACCAGCUAAGAAGGGACACAUCUUGCUGCUCCCUAUUUCUUUUAGUUUUCUUUUCUUUUCUUUCCAUUAUUUUAUCAAUAUUUUCUGUUCUCCAUUGGAGUGAAGCCCAGAAGAGUUUGGGACGCUUGGCUUUAGGGCCAUCAGGAAGCAGGCACUCUGUUUUGACCUUCAGCUGCAUGUAUUCUUAAGCCUGUUUAUGCAUUUGGUCUUGGGCCAUGGGCAGUCACACCUCAGCCUAAUACCUGGUUUCACACAAGUACAUCUGUGCCCCUGAACUUGUCCUUUCCUCCAGGAGCUUGUGACAAAGUAGGUAUUGUGAUCUCACUAUAGUCGGGAGAUUAGGGCCCAGAGAGCUUUCCAGAUUCAUAGACAGUGUGGAACUGAGCCUUGGCUCUGGUCUCUUUUGCUGUGACCCCAGGCUGCAGCUGUACUUUUGCCUGUGCUCAAUCAGGCCUGUGCCUUUUCAGGCCCCAGUUAGUUUGUCCUUGUCAGUGUACUGUUUCCUUCCCAUAUUCUUUGCAAGCAUCAUAUCCUGUGAAUGCAGGCUGUCCAACAUCCUUUGUGUCCUCUUUAGUUCCUCUAGGUCACUUGAUAUCACACAUGUCAUCAUGGUGACAUGCCAUCUCUGAAAUCAUACGCAAGUGCAGUCUAUUUGGUUUGCUUUUCUGCCGUUCCUCCUGCUCAGUGUCCUACACAGGCUCUCCUGGGCACCCCCAAAGCCAGGUUCUGGCGGCUAUACAGCAGACUAACUACUGAGCUGGUUUAACCACUGCAGAAAUUUUAAGAGUUCCUGGGCUUUUCUGAACUGAGAAGGAAGGAGUGGAUAUUAUAGGCAGAUGAGGACCUGUCUCUCCAGGCUUCAUAGGAGGAAGUGAGAGCCCUACCUCCAGCCAAAAAGGAGGCUGUGACCUCUUCUGUUUGUGAGGUUCUUUUGUACCCUAAAUGUGGGAGGACAGGGGCAGGGGCAGCAGAACCAAUCUUAGAUGGACUUUGGAGUUGGCAUGAAGGGCCUGGGGGGGGAUUCAGCUUGGUGACUAUGAAUAUGAGCUGUGUAGUCAGACUGGAUGUGGUUGUACAUGCGUGACACCAAUCUCACCGUGGCCAAACUUUGAUUCUCCCCUUUGUACUUUUACUUAGAAAUAGAGGGCACAGUGCCUCCCAUUGAAGUUUUCAGGGCACUGGUGAGAAGUGUGGUGGGUGCUUAGCAAAAGGGAGUAGUUAUCAAAACCCCAGAACGAUGGCAUUUGAAGAAUGGGCUGGAUGUCUCUCACCAUUGAUGGAUCUCAACUUUAUUCACAUAGUGCUGUAUGCCUGCACUGGAGACUUGGCCACUGUACUCUUGUUUGACAUCUGUAGUGACCUUGCCAGGCAGGGGUUGUAUCCCCUUGUGAGCAGGUCAGAACCUGUGCCUAUCUCCAAAGAAGAGGGAGGUGUUCCUGCAUAAAUUCUCCUACUUUGUCUUUACUCCUGGGAUCUGUGACUACAUUAUUCUGACAGCUCCAGUAGGGACAAUUAACAGUAGCCUGAUCCUGCCUUCUGGAAUCUUCCAGAUCUCCUUCGUGCCUCACCCUUGGGUUCUUUCCCUGCUUGAACUGUCGGAGGUAGAAAUGCCUUUCACCUCUACUUCAACUGUUACCAGCAAUGUUGUUGGUUACAAACUGCCCAGACAAGAGAGGAAGCACUGUCAGGUCUAUGCCCUGUGCCCCAUGCUCCAUGCCCCGUGUUCCAUUCACCUGCCACUGCUGGGAGGUGAGAGAGCCUUGUGUUUCAGGGGCGAACCAAAGUGUGAAGGGAACUGUGGUUGAUGGGAAAUUGCUCACCCUAAGGUUCUUUGUGGUCUGACAAGAUAAGCAGCUUUUGUCCUGCCCAUUCCAGUCCUGUUCUCACUAUCCUUAGAGACCCACCUUAUCUUCCUCUUUCUUUCUUUCUUUCUUUCUUUCUUUCUUUCUUUCUUUCUUUCUUUCUUUCUUUCUUUCUAAUUUCUUUAUUGGGGGAUUAAUGUUUUACAUUCAAUAGUAAAUAACAUUUCUCAGUUUUCCACAUAAUACAACCCCCACUAGGUCCUCUGUCAUCCUUUUUGGACCUAUACUCUCCCCCCACCUACUCCCGAGUCUUUUACUUUGUUGCAAUACACCAACUCCUGUUCAGGUUCUACUUGUGUUUUCUCUUCUGAUCUUGUUUUUCAGCGUUUGCCUGAGAGUGAGAUCAUCCCAUAUUCAUCCUUUUGUUUCUGUAUAGUCAUUUUUUAAACUCGAACCUGGAAAUGGUGUACUUCAGCUACCAAACUCCUAGCCUGGUGCCAGCCAUCUUUUUAGUCCUGGGAAUCACAUCUCCCUGUUUUCUUUACUCAGACUGGCACCUGUUUCUGGAGACAACAUGGCCCCAGGGUGGCAUUUUUCACUAGCCUCUUAGUGCCAGCACAUCUGUCCCCUACUUUUGGGUGGUAGUAUUGAUCUGCUGGGUCAUUGAUCUGAGUGCCUCCUUUUGCCUCCCCAACAGGAAGUAAAAUCAUGACAUGCCUCCUGAUCUAUAACUUUGAUUGCUUCUAGUGAAGUGCAUCACCCCUAAAACAAGGGUGCAGGAGAAGUGACGUAUAUCUGCUCUGCAGCUUUGCAGUAUGGUGGGUUGGGAAAGGGACCUGCAUCCCCCUUUCUAAGGGGCAGCCUGUCUCCUUCCUCCAACUUGAAUCAGAUAUAGAACUGCAAAUAGUUUACACCCUCCACUUGUCUGAGUCCUUUUCAACAACUGAAUUUCUUUUGUAAGCAGUGUUUAGAAUUAUAAAGUCUUUUUUUUCUAAUUUUAAACAGUUUUUAAAUUCAAGCUUUUGGGGGUAAAUUUUAAGAUUUGAGUUUCUGUAAAGGUGGAUUUUUUUUUGCAGAAUAGUCCUUUUGUGAUAAUAAAUACAGACUUUUUAGUUGUGUAACUCUUGUUAAGAUAGCAAUGAGAUGAUUUAGAAGUUGAAGAUUUUGGUAGUUCUCAUACAAAAAGCUGGUGGGAAAGUAGGUUAUUUGACUUUUAAAGGUACUACUGGUUUAAUGUUUUGUGAAAUUCUGGAUCUUGAGAGGUUUUUAACUGAGCACAGAGCAAAGAUGAGGCUUUAGCUGCUUUCUGAUUAUUUUUGGUUUUGCUACAAGCGUGUAGGGUGACACUCCCAUUCUCACGCUUCCACUUUCUUGGUGGUGCACAGUUUCCUACUUCUGGCAGACCCUUCUCUCCAGGGCUGUGAUGGAGCUCAGAGAAGUGGCCUGGAAACCAAGAGUUAUGUUAUUGCAGGGUGACAAAGUCAAAGAAGAAGGUCUAAGAAAUGUACAAAAUGUUUACAUUCAAUCACAUGGUCUUUCUGAAACGUGUGGUUUACCUUUGCUUGACUUGCUAUUUUGAACAAAGAAAGGGGGAAAACCUGUUUUUGUAAACUUUAAAUGGUGAGGAUGGGUAAGGACCAAACCCCCAUGGGAAAUUUAAAUGCCUUCAGAAUUUUGUGCCUGGGCAAACUUCUUUUAAAACAUUGCUUUUUAAAAAGUGCUUUUAAAACACUUACACCAUGAAUCCACCUUUGUAAUUGUAUCAAUGUUCAAUGGGUUUUGAAUAACUGGAUUCUUUAUAUAACAAACUAUAUUCUUGUGUGCACUUUUCCUAUCUUAAAACACUCUUUUUGUAAAAUAAAUAUUGUCUUUUUAUUAACUCAUUUGAAAGAGAAGGAGUUUUGCUGGUAAUUAAGCUGUUUUGAAAUGUUACAAAGUGAAUUUUUUUCCCUUGCAAUAAAUGAAAGCAUUGUGAUCUUUA